GGGAACGGGGGGAGGGGGGAGGCGGCAACAUUGUUUUAAGUUGGACAAAUUGACAAGAGCCAGACAUACACUGCGUUCCAUCUCGACCCGGGGCCACCGUGCUGGGCUCCGUUUUCCCCGCCUCGGCCCCUUCGGCUUGCUCUCCGCAGGGUUCCCAGGUCCCCGCUCCAGGGCCCGGCUGCCCCGACUCGCCAGCGCUUCAUGGAGAACUUCCAAAAGGUGGAGAAGAUCGGAGAGGGCACGUACGGGGUCGUGUACAAAGCCAAGAACAAGUUGACGGGAGAGGUGGUGGCGCUUAAGAAAAUCCGCCUGGACACUGAGACUGAGGGUGUCCCCAGUACUGCCAUUCGAGAGAUCUCUCUGCUUAAGGAGCUUAACCACCCCAACAUUGUCAAGCUGCUGGAUGUCAUCCACACGGAAAAUAAGCUCUACCUGGUUUUUGAAUUUCUGCACCAGGAUCUCAAGAAGUUCAUGGAUGCCUCUGCUCUCGCUGGUGUCCCUCUUCCUCUCAUCAAGAACUAUCUGUUUCAGCUGCUCCAAGGACUAGCAUUUUGCCAUUCUCAUCGGGUCCUGCACCGGGACCUUAAGCCUCAGAAUCUGCUUAUCAACGCAGAUGGAGCCAUCAAACUAGCAGACUUCGGGCUGGCCAGAGCCUUUGGAGUCCCUGUUCGCACUUACACCCAUGAGGUGGUGACCCUGUGGUACCGAGCCCCUGAAAUCCUUCUGGGCUGCAAAUACUACUCCACGGCCGUGGACAUCUGGAGCCUAGGCUGCAUCUUUGCUGAGAUGUACCUAGUGUGUACCCAGCACCAUGCUAAGUGCUGUGGGGAACACAGAAGAGAUGGAAGACACAGUCUGUGCGCGCUGUGCUCCUAUCUAGAAGUGGCGGCAUCACAAGGAGGGGGGAUGACCGCAGUGUCUACCCCACACCCCGUGACCCGCCGUGCCCUGUUCCCUGGAGAUUCGGAGAUUGACCAACUCUUCCGGAUCUUUCGGACUCUAGGGACCCCUGAUGAGGUAGUUUGGCCAGGAGUUACUUCUAUGCCUGAUUAUAAGCCAAGUUUCCCCAAGUGGGCCCGGCAGGAUUUUAGCAAAGUCGUGCCUCCCCUGGAUGAAGAUGGACGGAGCUUGCUGUCGCAAAUGCUGCACUACGACCCCAAUAAGCGCAUUUCCGCAAAAGCAGCUCUGGCUCACCCCUUCUUCCAGGAUGUGACCAAGACAGUCCCCCACCUUCGGCUGUGAUGUCCUUGCCCGAGCCUUCACCCUCAGCCUCACCCUCUCCUCCGCUGCGGGUUUCACCUGGCUUGGCUCUGGGUGAUCUGGAUCAGGCGGGCGCUCUGAUCGUUUCUGGGUGCCUUAACACUUGCCUUCCCUUUUUGUCCAGCCAGCUCUGGGUACCCAGGAGUGGAGAGGAGGAACAGGUGAAAACGAAACUUCAGUAUUACAGGCACUUAACUUAGCUCCACCGCCCUCCUCCCCCUCUUUUGCUGAGGAGGCGUGGGAUUCAAAACAAAACGGCCCCUCACCCAAUCCCAUUCGUUAUCGCAAUCUGAACGGCCUAAUCAUUUCCCGUGUUUGGGGUGAGACGGGACCCAAGUCUUCUGCUGCCACUGUUUUUCAUAAAGACCAAUUUACAGCAGGGACUACACUAGAACUUGGGAGAAACAAGCCAAAAAAUAAAGGGGGGGGGGGACUUGUUUUAAAGAAUUAGUUCAAAAAUA